UUCCCUUUCCCCAGCCCCUUCCCUCCUAUGAGCCAAUCGGAUUAGGGCCCAGAGCGCUCGGGCUUUCUCUCUGGGAACUCCGGGAGGUGUUUUCCUCUGAGCCCGCCCCUUCCCCCCUCAGCCAAUCGGGGCAGCACCGGGGGCACUCCGCUUCCUCUCCCUCCCUCUGGACCCGCCCCUUCCCUUUCGAACCAAUCCCACCAGCUUGCGAGUGGCAUGGCUGCUUCCAGCUCCAUGGGUUCCCAGUAUACAGCUAAUACUGAGAGGUAGUUCUGGCUGUCUCCGGGAUCCCGCGCCGGCCGCAAGGUUUUUCAGGUCGGCUGUCCUGGUCUUCUGUUGGGCUGCAGGGCCCACUAUCUUAGGAGAAUGGAUUCUUUGGAUACAUGGAACUUUUCUUCACCUUUAAUAUCAUUAUGGAUAAACAGGUUUUACAUAUAUUUGGGCUUUGCCUUUGGAAUUAGCCUUUGGAUUUGUUUUCAGAUUGUCAUCAGGAAGCAGUCACUUAUCUUCAAGGACAAGAGCUCACAGAAGAAGUGUGUCCCCAAAACAACUCAGAAUUUGACAUCAAAUGGUUAUAUCUCUCUUCAAAAGAAGGAUGUCUUUGUGUCUGGAGUGAAUAUUUUUUAUGGUUCCCAGACUGGCACAGCAAAGGGAUUUGCAACAAUUCUUGCCAAGGAAGUUAGUUCCCUAGAUCUACCUGUGAAAAUUAUUAAUCUGAAAGAAUAUGAUCCAGAUGAUCAUCUAGUAGAAGAGGUUACUAGUAAAGCUGUAUGUGCCUUCCUGGUGGCUACGUAUACCGAUGGUCUGCCAACUGAGAGUGCGGAGUGGUUCUGCAGAUGGUUAGAGGAUGCAGCCAAGGAUUUUCGAUUUGGCAAAACUUACCUGAAGGGUAUGAGAUAUGCAGUGUUUGGCCUGGGGAAUUCUGCCUAUGUGAGCCACUUCAACAAGGUUGGCAAAAAUGUUGAUAAGUGGCUCUGGAUGCUCGGAGCUCAUCGAGUGAUGCCUCGAGGAGAGGGAGACUGUGACGUGAUUAAAAGCAAACAUGGCAGCAUUGAAGCUGACUUCAGUGCUUGGAAGACCAAGUUCAUCGCCCGGCUAGAGGUGCUUUGUAAAGGAGAGAAAAAAUCCUGUGGCGGCAAGUGCAAGAAAGGCAAAUGUGAAUCUAAUCAUCAUGGCUCAGAGGAAAUGGAACUAGGGUCCCACACUCAAGUAGGACCACAUCACAGAGACACUGAGGAAGAGGAGCCCUUUGAGAGCACCAGUGAGGAAGAGUCUGGUACUGAUGACCAUCAGAGUCUAAAUUCUGUUGUUGAUGUUGAGGACCUCGGCAAGAUUAUGAAUCAUGUGAAGAAAGAAAAGAGAGAAACAGAGCAACAGGAAGAGAAAACUAGUUUGUUAAAGAAUUCAGUGAAGAAAGAAGCUAGUGAAAGAAGAGCUAUGAUAACUCCUGCUCUCCGCGAGGCCCUCACUAAACAAGGUUAUCAGUUGAUUGGGAGCCAUUCAGGGGUGAAGCUUUGCAGGUGGACAAAGUCAAUGCUUCGAGGGAGAGGAGGGUGCUAUAAGCAUACAUUCUAUGGCAUUGAAAGCCAUCGUUGCAUGGAAACCACCCCAAGUUUGGCCUGCGCAAAUAAAUGUGUCUUCUGUUGGCGGCACCAUACUAAUCCUGUGGGUACUGAGUGGCGUUGGAAGAUGGACCAGCCUGAAAUGAUCUUAAAGGAAGCCAUUGAAAAUCAUCAGAGCAUGAUCAAGCAGUUUAAAGGAGUACCAGGUGUCAAAGAAGAACGCUUUGAAGAGGGCAUGACAGUGAAGCACUGUGCACUGUCCCUAGUGGGAGAACCCAUAAUGUACCCAGAAAUCAACAGGUUUUUGAAGCUGCUCCAUGAGCAUAAAAUCUCCAGUUUUUUGGUCACAAAUGCACAGUUUCCUAUGGAAAUCAAGAACCUCAAACCAGUUACCCAGCUAUAUGUCAGUGUGGAUGCUAGCACCAAAGAUAGCCUGAAGAAAAUUGACCGCCCACUUUUCAAGGAUUUCUGGCAAAGAUUUCUCGACAGUUUAAAAGCCCUCGCAGCAAAGCAACAGCGUACUGUCUACAGACUGACUCUCGUGAAAGCGUGGAAUGUGAAUGAACUCCAGGCCUAUGCUGAGCUGGUGUCCCUGGGGAAUCCUGAUUUCAUUGAAGUAAAGGGUGUUACCUACUGUGGCGAGAGCUCAGCAAGCAGUCUCACCAUGGCCAACGUGCCCUGGCAUGAGGAAGUGGUACGAUUUGUCCAUGAGUUGGUGGAUCUGAUCCCUGACUAUGAAAUUGCUUGUGAACAUGAACAUUCCAAUUGCCUCCUCAUAGCCCACAAAAAGUUUAAGAUUGAUAGUGAAUGGUGGACGUGGAUUGAUUAUCACCGCUUUCAGGAGCUCAUGCAGGAAUACGAAGAGAGCAGUGGAUCAAAAACUUUCAGUGCAAAGGAUUAUAUGGCCAAAACUCCUGCCUGGGCAUUAUUUGGUGCCAAUGAAAGAGGCUUUGAUCCCAAGGAUACAAGAUAUCAGAGAAAGAACAAAUCAAAGGAUAUUUCCGGAUGUUGAGGUUAUCAGAUUUUAGGAUGCUGAAGGACAAAAACUGAUGGCCUCGGAAGGUUCUUGGACUCCACUGUGAAUUUUCCAAGGACUGAUUACACAAAUUAUAUUUCAUAAAGAGGAGACUGUAAGACAGAAUUUGAGGACACAAGUCACAUCCCUGGGUCUAGGGAAUAACAUCUGCACUUUGAGUGCCUGGGACUUAGCGCAGCAUUUCUUUCCAGAACUCAUUCCCUUUCCUGAUUUUACUCCUGAGAGGAAAGUCCUUUGGGGAGGAAGUACACAACCAUUACUAGAAUUUAAUUGACAGAUUUAAAUUAUAAUUACUAAGACUCCCUAGGAUGCUCACAUGAGACUGUUAUAAGGAAUGAGUAUCAGUCCCCUUCCCCCUUGUGGGCUGUGUACUGCUGAGGUAGGAUUUGUCCUACCCUGAGGUAAGUGCAUUGCUCCCCUCUAAGAUCUCCAUCCCUUUCUUACAUCUUACUAUAAAACCUGAAAUGAAUUUAAUUUGUCCUAAUUCUCAAUUUUUAAAUACUGCAUAGAUUACUAUGAAUUUUUGCUUGGUGUCAACCCUUUAUGAAGUUGACUUACAUCUAAAACUCCAGUAGAGCUAACUGUUCCCAUGGACUUGCCAUAGGAAGACCCCCUACAUCUGAAACACAAAUAACGAUGUGAACCAAUGUUAACUCAAUUAAAAACAGAGUAAUAAAUUUUAAAAAAGAAAAAAAUAAACAUCGGGGGGAAAAAAGAAAAAGCUCUUUUCAUAAGAGGAAUUGCUAUGUAUUGUUACUGAAUAAUUAGUCUCACAACCAAAGUGUGAAACAAUCAGUGUAGUCUGCUCUCUGUCUGUGAGGUCAGUGUGGAAGCUGCCAUCACUACAUGCACGUGGGUUUCCAGCUCCUUUCACCCUGGUUGCUGUUGCUAUCUUACACAAUCUGUUCUUUAAGACUCCAGUUUCUUCUAAUUGGAAACAUCAUUAGAUACUCAAUAGUUUUUUUUUUAAGUAUCAUAGUUUUUUUUAAAAAUUCCUUUAUCCUAAAAUUUUCAUUAAUAAAAAAUCUUUUGU